AUGGUCGAGAGGCUCCAGUGGUACUGCAGGUAUGCAGUAAGCUCGAUUGUGUGAGAGGGCUCGCCGAUCCUCGCCAUGGGACACACCUACACCACUGCCAUUGGGUCAGCCAGCUACGCAGGGAGGGAGGGGGCCGCUGUUGUCAAUCUGUCUUUGUCUCUUUCCCCGUGUGUGUAGGUUUGUGACCCUCCUGUCAUUGGGCGAGGCGAUUUGGUCUCCGCCAUUCUACGAAUACACCGUCACCAUCGCCGCCAGGAUCAUGUCCGUCAUCGUGUGGGCCGUCCAUGGGGUAUCUCAUGCAGCGGCCACCGCCUUCGCCUGGCUGACCCGCAUCUACGGCGCAAUCGACUGCUGCUGGUGUGACCUGGCGGCCUUCUGGUCAGCGGCUUGGCGGCUCAUGACCCGCCCCUCGCCGCUGACCAAGAAAAACAAGGCCGCCACCAAGGGCAAGAAGGCCACCAUCACCAUCCCGCCGCCUCCAGCUUCACCAACACCACUGCUCAAGGUGAGCGGAGAGAAAAAGGCGGGGCGGAGACAUGGACGAGAAUGCACUCACUGUGUGUGUGUGUGUGUGUCUGUCUGUGUGUGUGCCCGUGUGUGUGCAGGGGGCUGAGCUCAUCAUGGUGUUGGUCGCGCUGGCGGUGUUGUGUGUGGGUGCGGCAUGCUGCUGGGUGGCUCCCUCGCCGCUGCUGGUGGUGGUGCUCGGGGUGUUCGUCAUAUGGUGGCCCCACAUGCCACCCGACGACAGCGCCGACUUCCAUGAGGCGAUGGAAGACUUCUCCGCGUUUGAGGACGCCCGAGAGCUCGACAUACAGAUCGCCACUCCAGAGUAUGCGCCACCCCCCGCACCCCAUCACCGGGCACUCGUCUCGCCCCCCGCCCGAAGCCGGCCGAGAAGGCAAUGACCCCAGCGGCUGAGGAGGCGGCGUUGGCCGAGGCCGUGCGGGCCAUGCUGAAGGCCCAGAAGGAGGUCGAGAAGGUGUCAAGGACAAGACUGCUGCCCCGGUCAACGAUGGGCAUCGUGUCCCCCGACCGGUCGAAGACCCGCCCCACCGCCGACAUCCCCACUGCCGCACGUGUCGCCGCCAAGGUCAUGGAGGUCCGUCGGGAGUGUUCGAAGUUGGGCUGGCGCCCUGUCAAGGGGCUGCCGCAGCCAAAGAAGAUGCCCCCCCAGCCGCCCGCACUGAGGCCGACCGGCCUAGUGCCCCGCCAUCUCUGGGUCUACAAGACGCCAGAGCGGCGCCGCCCGGGCACCACCAUCCGCCCAACAGCAGCACCGGCACCAGCAGUGGCAGCAGCGGCGGCACCAGCACCAGCACCGGCAAAGGCGCAGCAGCAGGCGCCGCCUGUGGUGAGCAUGCCAACGGCCACCGGACGGCAGCUCAACUAA